GGGUUGGUACUUGCUACCUAGUAAAUAAGAUGGUGGUGUUUUUGUUUUUUUUCGAAGUUGAAAAUAUCAAGUGUUUGUAGAACAAGACAGUUCAUCAGAGAUUAUUUUGUUGGGAAAGAUUUUCGUGCGCGAAGUGUGUGUUUGACUUAACAAAAACAAUGAGUGCUGCACCGUUUAUUUUGUAUAUUCCAGAAAUUGCUUUGGAGAAGAUUUUUUCAUUCCUAACCUAUGAUGAAAUUGCCAAAAAUAGGCUGGUCUGCAGAAAAUUCAACGAAGUGGGAAGCCGAAUGCUUUCUAGGGGAUUUAUUCAAUUAGAAAAAAGACAUUCUACCAUAUACAAACGUGUCAAAUCUCUAUUACCACGCAGAGAAUCCGAAAGAAGGGUACAUCCAUUAUCUCGGCACUGCGACAUUCUUCAAGCGGUAGAAACUCGAAUCAGUAUGUUAAACAUGACAUACAUGAAAUAUAUUGAAAAUAAUUUACUGUGUUUUAUACCUGGGAAGGUAUUAGAUGAAAUGAUAAACGUUCUGAGUUUUGUUGAAAGUGACUGCACCCCUCCUCGCACGCACCAACUACUGCAAGAACUGCGCGACCUCAGCAGCAUGGCCAUGGAACAUUUUGACGAGCACAUUUUGCCUCGCGUAAAAGAGCAUAAGGAACAAAUAGACGAGAAACGCCAAGCGUUCCUUGCCUCAUUUUCUGGUAGUCCACCAAACAUAAAACAGGCAAGACCUUUCAUUGUUCAGCAAGUUAAUGACUUACAGAAAAUUAGAAAACAGUACAAAACAUACAAACAUCACAUCGCAUAUUUAAACCAAAACACCCAGAAAUUAUUUCAAAAGAUGAAGAAGCAAAAUAAACGAUUAAAGGCACAAUCGAUUAAAAUCAGGGAUCAAGAACGUAAAAUUCAAGAACAGUCGAUAAAAAUUCAAGAACAAGAAACUGCUCUAGCUGAUAUUAAAAAACACAUGGACGAAUGGGAUCAAAAAUACAAAGAUCUAACAACAGAAUUAGUGCGCGCGCGAGACUAUCUUCUUUUAAAAACCACAUCUUCAGCGAACACAGGCGGAACAAGCACGUCUCAUUCGUCUUCACCACCGAAAGUCUUCAGAUCUAGUAUUAAGCCACGCGUGUCUCAUUUAUUACUUAAAAAUUAUAAUUUACAUUUAGAUCUAGAACGAAAAAGAAAGUCUAAUUUAUUACCUGACAUUCCAGUUAAGGUACCUAGAGGCCCUGAAGAAGAAGGAGAAGAUAAAAGUGUAGAUAAGCUAAUUCCUUUAAAGGAUCCAGAUAAACGGGAUGAAAAUGAAGGAAAAGGUGAUUUUAGUUUCCUUUUCGAGAAUUUAAUUAAAACGCCACUAACUGGCAUUAAGUCGCGAAAACGUAAAAUGGCUGAAGAUAUCGAUUUGAAGUAGUUUUUAAAAUUUGAACACAACCUCAUUUAAAUAUCACUAACCUACAUUUUAACAAUCACUUUCAUAAUUAUUUAGGUUUUACAAAGACGUUAUUCAUAAAUUAAAUAUGAAUAAAUAUCAAGAAGUAUAUUUAUUAUUUUAGAAGAUAGCUUAGAAAAAUCGAUAUAAGUGGUUAUUGCAAAUAUUUGAAUUAGAAAAUGGAAAACUGUGUUGUGAUCUACGUAUAAAUAUUUUUAAAAACUACGAUGUUAUGAACAUGGCUUUUGUUUUUGAUUCUUUCAAAAAAGUUUAUUAAAAAUAUAUAUUCUAAUUAGUGGUCAAAUUCGUUAACCCU